UAAUCAUUCCAAAUGGAUACCACCACCUACACAAAAAUUAAAAAGCAACAAAGGAAAACCAUAUUAAUUUCCCGAUGGAUACUUAUCACAUUUACAAUUAUAUUUGUAACAAUUAUUUUUUAUUUUAUACUGAAAGAAAAAAAUUCAACAACUUCAUCAACCAAAUGUUAUUUUAAACAGAAUCAUUCUACACUAAUAUUUGCGCAAAUUUUAUUUCGACAUGGAGAACGAACACCAUUGGACAUUUCUGGUUAUCCAAAUGAUCCUUAUAAGAAUUAUACUUAUGAACCUUAUGGACCAUCAGCUUUAACACAUAUUGGAAAACGAACACUUUUCGAAGUAGGAAAAUACAUAAAAGCUCAUUAUUGCCACUUAUUACAAAAUUACCACAGAGAUAUCGUAUAUCCACUAUCUUCACCAUUUAUGAGAAGUCGCGUAUCGUUGUUGAUAGUUUUAGCGGCAAUGUUUAGACCAGAAGAGCAGCUAUUUCCUACCGAUGAUCUUAAUUGGCAACCAAUUGCUUAUGAUUAUUACACGUUUAAUAAAGAUACAAUCUUUUUAUAUUUCUUAUUUUGCAAAAGAUUUUCUCAAUUAUAUCGAAGAGAAACUGAAAAAUCUAUAGCGAACAACGAAAUGAAAGGUUUCAAGAAAUUAUUAGAAAAGCUGGAAUUAUUGACAGGUGCUAAAUAUUCAAGUUAUCGGGAUUUAUUUACGUUAUAUUUACAUUUAAAAUUACAGAAAGAUUUUGGUCUUAAACUUCCAGAUUGGACAGAAGAAUAUAUGCCACAACUCGAAGAAUACGAAGCUAUUUCAUAUGUUUUAUCUAGUAGAACUGAAGAACUUAAAUUGUUAUCAGGAGGAUUUAUCUUAACCGAAAUAGUUAAAUCAAUUCAAUCAAAAAUAAAUGAUCCUAAACUGAUACAUCGUAAAAUUAAUUUAUAUUCCGGACACGAUUUUACAAUAGCAAAUUUAAUGGGUACUUUAGGUAUUCAAUUAAAAAAAUCGAUUCCUUACGGUUCAUACAUAUCAAUUGAAUUACAUAAGAUUAAUAAUACGUAUAACAUAAAAGUACUUUAUCAUGAACGAUCAAAGGAACAUCCAAACCCGGAAGUUCUAAUUUUGGAUGGUUGCCAUGAAUUUUGUCCUUUGAAUACAUUUUUGAAACUUUAUGGCCAAUAUAUGGCUACACCUGAUAUGUGUGACGUUAUGGAUGGAUUGAACAUAGCAAAUGCAACCGAAACGUUUUUUGUUUUUGAUGGAAAUCGUCCAUUUCCUGGUGUAUGAUUUUAUUUAUUGAAAAGACAUGAUAUGUAAUAAAAACUACGUAAGAAUUUUAAUAAAAUGUCGUAAUUUU